GCAGAGGGCCCGCAGCUAGGAUGUGACUGACGCUGCUGACGCACUUCAGUCAUGACCUGGUCGAGCGGGAGGGAACACUGCUCGGAUUUCGCAACGUGUGUGACUGGUUGCUCUCUCAUUUACUUAACUUGUGAAGCCUCGCCCUGCGGCUCUUUGCAGUGUGUUUUGUUUCCUUCGCUAAGUGGAGAUUGAAAAAGUUACGGUUGUGAAUUUUGGCUAUACUUCUCUCCUGAGACACCUAGAAGGAGCCGCCGCCGCCAUGCAACUGAACGAGACGGGAAUGGAGAAUUCAACGCAGGGGGUCACAGAUAUCCCAGAGGAGCCGCAGUGGGUUCCUCUCGACACUGUGAUUGGUCUCAUCCUCGCCUUCUCUUCCUGUCUGUUCAUCGGCGUGUCAGUCAUCUUCAAGAAACUCGCCCUGAGGGAUAUUGAGACCCAGGGUGGGACGCGAGCGGUGGACGGCGGCUAUGGAUACCUGAGGCUGCCUAAGUGGUGGCUGGGCAUCUCCCUCAUGGCCCUCGGGGAACUCACCAACUUUGUGGCUUACAUCUUCGCUCCCGCUAUCUUAGUAACUCCUCUGGGUGUGUUCUCGAUUGUGUGCACGGCUGCCCUGUCGCCAUACUUCUUGAAGGAACGGCUAGGGAAGUUGGGGAAGCUCGGGUGCGUGUUAGUGCUGGUGGGAUGUGUUGUGGUGACUCUUUGCGGGCCGAAGGAUCGUGAGAUUGCCAGCAUGGAGGAGCUUCAGUCCCAGCUGCUACAUCCCGGCUUCUUAGUGUACGCCGGCCUGGUGGUGCUGGUGUCCGCCUUCUUCAUGGCUCUAGUGCCUCGCUACGGCCACCGCUAUGUGUUGCUUUACAUCACCAUCUGCUCUUCCUUUGGCUCCCUCUCCGUCAUGUUCUGCAAAGGUGUUGGACUGGCGCUGAAGCAGACCGUUGGCGGCAUCAAUGAGUUCACUAACUGGGCCACGUGGGUGUGUCUGGUGGCCCUGAUCGCCUGUCUACUCAUUGAGACCAUUUACAUGCAGCGAGCUCUGGACAUCUUCAAUAGCUCAGUUUUCAUGUCCAUUAAUUACGUGCUAUUCACCUCGCUGGUCAUCGUCGCCUCGUCCAUCCUAUACACGGAGCUGGCGGUGAUUGGCGUCAAGAAUAUUAUACUAACUCUACUCGGCUUCAUAGUGAAUAUCGCCGCCUUAUAUCUUAUGCACCUAGACCGGGAGGACAAUACGCCCCCCCAGGCAGACGAAGAGAGCAGCGACAAUACAGUACAGUCACAGAAGGCCAAGAUACAACUAGCACGACCCGAACAAGUCACUCCCCUGCUGGGCCGUGCUCCUGCCUCCCCCUUAGCAGGCCUGAACCUCCCCCACACCAUGUUCCCCACGAAAACCAACUCGUGCAUGUCCCUCAUAAGUCAGACGUCCCUGCCGCACCACACGAGCGGCGACAACCAUAACGCCUCGAAGAUGGCUGACGAUGACGAUGGCACGUACACCCGUCACCGCAGCAACUCAGACGAUGACAGGAGCAACACGGAAGGGACAGCACCGAAUAACAAUAACAAUAACAAUAACAACAAGAACAAUAAAAACAUGAAAUCCAACUCAGGAGAUCGCACCCCGGGGCACUGCAGGUCUUCCUCUGGGUAUCUUUGUGAAGUGCCUCUUCUUACUGAACUUCACUCCACGAGCAAGCUAUCUAGUCCUACUACCCAUCUAGAUAGACACCUCGACAACGCCUCCCUCGAAAGUAACGGCAACAGAAGGGGAAGCUACUGCAGCAACACGAGCAGUGCAAGUAGCAACAGCAGUGCUAGUAGUAGAAGUAGCAGAAGUGGGAAUAAUAACAGCAAUGGGAACAAUAGCAAUAACAAUAGCGGGAGUCAGGUAGCUCAUACGAACACACAGGAUGACGCUCAAGAGUAUGACAACCUGAGUGAUGAACUGAAGCAGGUGUUAGCAUGAAGAGUGUGAAUUUGUGUGUGUGUGUGUGUGUGUGUGUGUGUGUGUGUGUGUGUGUGUGUGUGUGUGUGUGUGUGUGUGUGUGAAAGUGCUAUGGAAAAUCUACUAUAAGAGAGGAAAGCAGUAUUAGGCAUUGCAAUCUCUCUCUCUCUCUCUCUCUCUCUCUCUCUCUCUCUCUCUCUCUCUCUCUCUCAAAUAGUAAUUAUGUAGAGUAAGUUCGUGCCUGGAAACAUUGCACUGAAAUAAACAUUGCAACUUCGAUUCUAUGAUUAGCGUUAUCCGUAGCUUGGUUGGAGCUUGUCGGAAACUCUGUAGUAAUUCAUGUAACCCUGUAAAUAACCGUAGACCCCUUAUAGACACGUAACAUGGUUUAUCCUUUAUUCAUGACCAAAGAUGUGCCGUUGUAUAAAGAUUAGAAUUUUCAUCCUCACUUUCAUCAUCAUUGUCAUCACUAUGAUUGAAUUGGUAGUGUAUCAAAAGUUAUAUUAUAGUUCUGAUCAUCACCAUCAUCAUCGUCACCAUUAGAAUUGAAUAGGUGAUGUAUCAAAAGCUACAUCAUCAUAGUCAUCAUCAUUGUUAUUAUCACCAUCAUCUCCAACAUCAUCAUUAUUAUUAUUACGAUGCCCUAACUAUUUAUAUGUAUUUAUUAGCUCGUAUAGUCUCGCCACUUCAUAAAGUGUAGAAGUGAUCUCUGUGUUCUCUUUAGAGUGAGAGGAGCAUCCUUAAGAAUGUGUUAGCAUUAACAUUAUAGAGAAAGCAUGAAUUGGCAUAGACACUUAGAGAUGAACAGUAGGUGGGUAGAGGACUGAAUCUUCAUGUGGAUACACGAAGACAGGCUUGGAUUGCGUAAGAUAUAAGGAUGAGUCUUGGUGGAGAAGCUUGUGUAGAUCAUUAAGAAAUGGCUACCUCGUAUGAGAAAAAAUACUACAAAAACUAGAGAAAAAGAAGAGAUAGUGAAUUAGAAGAAGGAUGAGGAGAAAAAGGACGAGGAUGAUGAGUAAGCAGCUAGCUCAUAGAUGUCCAUUUUCAUUAUGAUGUUACCUCGUAUUAUGUCCUCAUGUGUCCUCGUCCUUUUUCACUGAUGUAGGCACAGCAGACGAGGUUCUCUGUACACAGUGAACAACGAGGAGAAUGAGGAUGAAAGUUGUCGUUACGAUCAAUAUUGAUGAAGGGUCUUCGUCUGCUCCCCGUGUGUUCGCAUGUCCUCGUCUGGCUCGUCCUUACUGACACAGGCACAGCAGGUGAGGUACCGAACAAUGAACCAUGUCGAUUGAAUUCCCAGUAAAGGACCGAUCGAUCUUGACCUGACCGAAAGGGGAAGGGUGGUGUGUGUUAUGUCUCUGGCGGCACCACACGCUCUUUUCCAUAUCUAACACUUCCUGUCUUUUCAAGGGUGUGGCAUGAAGCUUUCUAUAGUGCAUGAGUUAUGUAUAUAAUGUAUGCCAACAUAGAAAUAUAAUGUAUACAAUGCC